AUGCGCUCGUUGCUUUUGUUUGCUCUUCUUCGGAAGCAGAAGCGAAGAAAGAGGUCCAUCAGGCGGAGGCGCAUGGGGCGCAAGGACAGUGAAGUUCAUCAGGAUGGCGAAGCCAACAAGGACUACUCAUCUAAAUGCACUGUGACUGGACAUUACACUGUUGAAAACCAGAACAAACCGCUAGUGUUGAAGGAACUGAAGAAGCUGUGGAACAAAGAGGAACCUGAUCUUCCCUGGCAGCAGGGGGAUUUCUCACCCUCAAAUACUUUGCUUGUGGAUGAUCCCCCGUACAAAGCUCUGCGCAACCCGCCACACACUGCCAUUUUCCCUUACUCCUACAGCUAUAAGAAUGAGAAGGAUGAUUCAUUGAGACCAGGUGGAGAUCUUCGCUUGUACCUGGAGAACCUUGCUACUGCAGACGACGUCCAGCGUUACGUCGAGAAACACCCUUUUGGCCAACUUCAAAUCACAGAGAGGAACCCAAACUGGAAGUUGCGGGUUUACAACUCAGCUUGCUAUGCUGUGGUCGCUGCUUAUCUUCAAGCAGUACCAGUAAACUUCUACUAG